AUGGAUUACCAGAACCGUGCCGGCUCCAAGUUUGGCGGUGGCGGCGUCGCCUCCCACUCAGCAACCAACGCGGACCGCCGCGAGCGGCUUCGCAAGCUCGCCCUUGAGACCAUCGACCUCGACAAGGAUCCUUACUUCUUCAAGAACCAUGUCGGAUCCUUCGAGUGCCGCCUCUGCCUCACCGUCCACCAGAAUGACGGCUCCUACCUCGCCCACACCCAGGGCAAGAAGCACCAGACCAACCUCGCUCGCCGUGCCGCACGCGAGCAAAAGGAGGGCAAGCACAACAUCGACCCUGCCACUGGUCUGCCCGUCGGCGUCGCCGCUGGUCUCACCGGUCCCCGCCGCAACAUCGUCAAGAUUGGACGUCCCGGCUACAAGAUCACCAAGAUCCGCGACACCGUCUCCCGCCAGCAGGGUCUGCUCUUCCAGCUGCAGUACCCCGACGCCACGCCCGACGUCACCCCUAGGUGGCAGGUCAUGAACGCCUUCACCCAACGCGUCGAGGAGCCGGACAAGAAUUUUCAGUAUGUCGUCGUCUCUGCCGAGCCCUACGAGACGGUCGGUUUCAAGAUCCCCGCCCGCGAGCUCGACAAGCGCGAGGACCGCCAAUUUAGCUUCUGGGACCCCGACGGCAAGGAGUUUUGGAUUCAGGUCAUAUUCAUGACAGAGCGUGAGGAGCGCUUCAACGCCGCCCCCGGACUUUCGAGCAGAAAAUGA